AGAUCUCAUUGAAAGGAUGUAAUAAUACAUCAGCCAGACUAUCAACUCGCCGCCUUUCGGCUAUCGAAUUGACUUGACAUACCUGAAAAGACCUAGCCUACUGGCAUAACGUCAAUCCCGCACAAUGGCGCCUUCUCCGGGCAAAGCUCAGAAACCAAUCUCCAGGGUCUUUAUCCUGCUCGCUCUGAGCCUGGUCUUACAAUGCUUCUUGUGGCGAGGCCAGCAGAAACUACAGCGAUUGCAUGUCUCCGAAUCUCAAGCGCUCACACGUCGGUCAGACAUCCCUGUGUGGACGGCGGAAUUGAAUGGCGGCCAUACGAAUCACACAUCGAUGGGGGCGAUCGAGGAUAUCCUAGCUGGUCACGCAAAGCCUGUUAGCGAUGUUGAAGAGCCUGAAGGAGGCAUGUUUGGGAUCGACUACUGGGAUCUGUACAAUGGAGCGAAACCGCAUGUCAAGCCUUUCAUCUUUGCCGGCUUUAUCCUCUGGGGUGCUUUCUUGUUCGCUACAAUCGGGAUCACCGCGUCGGACUUCUUCUGCCCGAACUUGGCUACUGUCGCUGAUAGGCUAGGUAUGGCAGAGAGCACUGCUGGAGUAACAUUCCUCGCCUUUGGAAACGGCUCUCCCGACGUCUUUUCGACCUUUUCGGCACUCCGAAGCAACACCUUCUCGCUAGCCAUUGGAGAGCUACUCGGAGCCUCCUGCUUCAUCAUCUCGGUUGUCGUCGGAUGCAUGGCGCUCGUCCAGCCUUUCCAAGUCCCCCGAUGGCCUUUUAUCCGGGACGUUGGUUUCUUUACCCUCUCCGUCAUGAUACUCGUCGCUUGCCUGACGGAUGGCAAAUUGACAUUGAUCGAGUCUGGGGGGUUGAUGCUGCUCUACAUCAUCUAUGUCGCCCUGAUCGUUGGGGGGAACUGGUGGAUGGACAGGAGAGGUCGACAUAAGCUGGCCACAGCUGGUCGGCUAGAUGACGACGGCAGGAACGGGACGGGGCGUCUGGCGCUUGCAGAGCAGGCGGAACAUGACGAAGGCUCUCGAUCGCUCAAUGGCAUCGAUGCUCUGGCCCCUUCAGCUAGUGAAUCGCGUCGAGGGUCCGCUGCGUUCUUAACACCUCACCCCAAUGGAGAACCUGCUCGGCCUCGUUCGAUGCGAUCGAGGUCGUCGAGCGUGUCUUCGAAAGAUUCUGAUCGAUCCGAAGCUCCACCCACUCCUUCGUCGUACAAUGCGACCACCAGUCGGAACCUCAAUACGGCAUUCAGAGCUUCUCCGAAUCUCAGUUCACAAGAAAGGCCCAUCUCGGACAUCCCGAGGCCGACGUUCUCUCUCCUGGGAGCGAUUGAGUUCAGAGAUGCCAUCAACACUUUGAGGAAGGAAGGAAUGGCUUCAGGCCGUUCGGAUGUCGAUCUGUGGUCAGGGCCUCAUUCGGGCGAAUCUCAACAAGAAGCAGAUCUGUCCGACUAUUUCGGCCCGAUAACCCCGUAUCCCAGCGCCCACUACCAUUCGCAUGCAAGUCACGCGCAUUCGAGAGCUACGAGUCCGUCUCAUCGCAAACUCGGUCGCCGUAACAAAUCGAUUACCGGGAUCCCUCGAUCUCAGCUCGGGGAGCCAGAGGUUGGGAACGUGGAAGAGGCACUGACGGGCACUUCCGAAGUCAUUCCCCUCUUAUCGACCACUCCUGCCGCUUCAAUUCUAAGAGGGACCCGGUCCAAAUCGAUAUCCGACAUCCAUGCCCCGUCAACCUUGUCUAUCCCGGAUGUGCCAAUGAAGGCGCCGUCCAACCCAUCGCCUUUGGCUAGGGAACUGAAAGGAUCGGAAGACGCGGCGAAUGCGACCGGGACUCAGUCCGUAUCUGCGACCCGGAAGUGCCAUCGACCGGUCCCAUCUAUCAACCUGAUCCCAGCAGAUGAGAGCGUGGAAUCAACGCUCGUCGAGGGAACUUCGCCUCAUCAACCUCUUCUCGAUGACGUCACCGAAACACAUCAGAAACCUCACCGAAGACGCAAGCGGGACAAAGUGCGUCACGUCAUCCACGAGACGAUACACGUCUUGUUUCCCGCCCUGCAGGGGUUUAAGCACAAGUCUCUCACCGGAAAGAUCUUGGGAGUGUUUGCAUCGCCGGCUAUCUUCGCGUUGACGCUUACACUCCCGGUUGUUGACGACGAGGCCGAGGGAUGUAGCCUCAAUAAGGGCGGUAUCGUUUUGACCGAUGAUCUGCCUUCGGACAUCGAUCUGGAAACAGCAGGAGCAAUCUCGAAUGAUGAGACCGAUAAUUCGAAGCAUUUCGCUGCUCAUGCUGGGGCGGGCUUGCAUCAUCUCAUUCUUGAUGCAGGAAUGCCUUCUCCCGCUUCUGGCGUUCAACACGACCAUCAUCAUCAUCAGACGGACUAUUUUGAUCACAACCAAUACGACCCGGAGGGUGAUCAGGUGCCUGUUGCAGGGUCCGACUCGGAAGGCAGGAGCAUCGAAAGCCAACACAGUGAUGGUCAUGCUCUCCUCUUCAACAAGUAUCUAACCGCUGCGCAAUGCGUCUUUGGACCUCUUUUUUGUUCAAGCGUCUUUUUCUCGGAAUAUGAUUGGGCAAACUGGGCUAUACCUGCAGCAACAGGUGGAGGUUGCGUGCUGGCAGUCAUCGUGUUGUCGCGAGCAGAGGAUGGACAAAAUCAGUACUGGCGAUUGAUCCGAUGCUUUGCCGGAUUUCUGGCGGCCAUGACAUGGAUUGCUGCGAUCGCUGAUGCUGUAGUCGACAUUCUGCGGGUCUUUGGCCACAUUCUGGGUCUCAGUAACGCCAUUAUCGGCCUUACCAUCUUUGCGAUCGGAAACUCUUGUGCAGACCUGAUCGCCAACCUGACAGUGGCUUCUUUUGCGCCGUCCAUGUCAUACGCAGCCUGCUUCGGUGGCCCUAUGCUAAAUAUUCUGCUCGGUAUUGGAGGGGCCGGCACCUACGUCAUCCUUGCUACCGGUCACUCGUAUAUCGUUCACUUCUCGUCCACCCUUUGGGUGUCCGCAAUAGGGCUCAUUGCGCUACUCAUAGCCACCAUGUGCUUCGUGCCCUACAACGGGUACUGGAUCACCAAAAAUUGGGCUAUUUUCUUGCUAGGUUCGUAUUGCCUUAUAACGAUACUUAACAUUCUUGUCGAAACGCAAUGCAUCAAGUUUUGAGGGGGA